GAACUGGGAAGGAAGACCUUGACUUAGAUGUUGUAAUGCUCAAGUCUUUAAAUCACACGUGGUCUCCUAUUAGUUCAACUUUUAUCAUUGAUUCCUCAAAAUUCAACAAUCAUACUCGUACAAAAUUAAAAGAAAAACAUAAAAAAGUACAUACCUUUGGCAGUAUCAAGAUUUUCAGCCUCCUCAAGCUUGCUUGUAAAAAUUUCAGGGUCUUGUGGUUCUCAUCGUCUCCAAGAUAACCUGGCCUGAGAAUUUUGCUUGUCCAAGAUUUCAAGAUCCGGCUAAUUCUAUUGAAUCUAGAUCCUUUCCUCAACACGCAACAAUCAUAAGACAUAAUCUUGGCAGAGUCUCAAGGUUUUCAGCUUCCUCAAGUUUUCUAGUCAGUUUCAGAGUCCAGGGAUUCUCAACUUCUUCAAAUCUUCAAGAUAACUUGUUCUAAUUUCAAGAUGCUACCAUUUUGGGGAAAAGCUCUGGCAGAAAAGACGGGGGAAAAGGUGAUAGAAAAGACGGUGGAGUUCGCAUUAGAAAAUUGCACGGGAAGGAGUCACAUGGACAACGUGCAAUCGCUAAAAAGGAAUUGGCAAGAAUUGAGUUGCAAAGCAUUUGACGUAGAACAAGAAGUCAAUAGGGAAGAAAUGUCAGGUAAAAAGAAAAGGAAAAGUGAAGUUGACAAUUGGUUGAAGGACGUUAAAAAGUUAAGUCCUGAAAUUGAUGCAUUGGAAACAAGAGGAUCAUCUUGGAGGCUUCCACUAAAGGAGGAUCCUGUAGGAAAGCUGCAAUUUCAGGUGAAAGACCUUGUUGAUCAGAGCCGUCGUUUCGAUGGGCUUGUGCUCGAUACUUGUGACAACAUCGGGGAGCCAUGCCUGCCAACCAAAUUGUUUGGAGUAAAGUUCGAUGAAGCUUUGAAGAGAAUUUGGCCAUGCUUGGUGGCCGAUGAUAUAUCAAGCAUUGGGAUUUAUGGUAUGGGUGGAGUUGGUAAGACCACACUGGCGAGGCACAUUGAGUACCAUCUUUUAGAAAAGAACAAUUAUCGGGUGCUUUGGGUUACAGUAUCUCAAGACUUCAGUGUCACCAGCUUGCAGGAUAAGAUUGCCAAUGUCUUGGGCAUUAAUCUAUCCAGUAGGGACGAGGAAGACACCAGGGCAAGAAUAUUGCGUGACAUAUUCAGGAAAAUGCUGAAAUUAAUAGUACUCAUAUUGGAUGAUGUUUGGGAAGAAUUUUGUUUAGACAGGGUAGGGAUUCCACUUCAUCCAAACAAGUGCAGAUUGAUUUUGACUACUCGCUCACUGCAAGUGUGCAACAGGAUACAAUGUCAAAGAAAGUUUGAUUUGCAAACUCUGGACACAGGCGAAGCUUGGGAUUUGUUCAAGUAUAAACUUGGUAGCGAGCCCUUGCUUCAAGGAGAUUUGGAAAGUAUUGCCAAGUCCAUUGUGGAAGAGUGUGAUGGUUUGCCUCUUGGCAUUAUCACAGUGGCUGGAAGCAUGAGAGGUGUGACCGACAUUUGUGAGUGGAGAAAUGCAUUGGAACAAUUGAAAACAUGUUCAAUAGGGUAUCAUGAGAUGGAACGAGAUGUGUUUCGCAUCCUGGAAUGGAGUUUCAAUCGCCUGAAUAAAUGUGAAAAGAAUUGCUUCUUGUAUUGCUGUCUUUAUCCGGAAGAUAGUGAUAUAAGCAGAGAGAAACUAAUAGACCUCUUUAUUUGGGCAGAGCUGAUGCCAAAACGGGACUCAAGACCAAAAGAAUUUGAUGAAGGUCACACAAUAUUAAACAAACUGAUAAAAGUUUGCUUGCUAGAAGAAACUAAAGAUUUCGGAAGGGGUGACUGUGUGAAGAUGCAUGAUUUGGUCAGAGAUAUGGCAUUAAGAAUCACGAAAGGAAAAUCCAACCUACAGAUGAACGGGGAUGUACCACAGUUCUUGGUGAAAAGCAUAGGAAAGGGAAAUUCUAAAGUAACACUGGAACAAGGAGAGUGGACAGAAGAUCUCCAUGCAGUCUCCUUUCAUUCAUUUUCAGCUCCACACCCAGAAAUAAAAGUUCCGCCAGCCUGGUCACCAAAUUGUCUUAAGCUCUCAACCUUGCUUCUUUCUGAUGUUUCCAUAGAAGAAAUCCCAGAUUCAUUCUUUCGGCACAUGUGUGGACUUAAAGUUUUGAAUCUAUCUCGGUGCGGAGGUAUAAUAGAGCUACCUGAUUCUGUUUCAGACUUGGUGAAUCUCACUGCCCUGAUUUUGAGGGGUUGUCGGGACCUCCGAUCUGUGCCACCACUGGGAAAGCUCAAGCAAUUGAGGGAUUUGGACCUAUCCUACACUAAGAUUGAGGAUUUACCUGAAGGUUGGAAGUCACUGGUCAACCUCGAAAGGCUUAACUUGGACGAGUAUGGGGCUUUAAGCCAAAAGAUAAUACCAAAAGGGACAUUUUCCCAAUUUCACCGUCUUCAACUGUUAUUAUUGCCAUCCAAUGGUAGGGUACAAGUUAAUGAUCCAGAAGUGUUGAACCAAUUAGAAAGUUUUGGAGGAUGUUUGUCUUUUAUGGACUUCUAUAAAAUCACUCGGUGACCAAAAUACUAUUAUACUGUUUAUAUCAAUGACAUCUUAACUGAGGAACCGAGUUUUGUUGAUGGUGGAAUUAAUCGGUUCCUGGUGCAAGAUCUGCAUUUCCAUCAGUGUAAGCUUGGUAGAGGAUCGAACUAUCUGCCAGAUGAUAUGAAAUCUCUGAUAAUCGAGGAUUGUGAGGGCAUGGGCAUUAGGUGCUUGUCAGAUGUUUUUAAGAAUUUUAUAAAUUUAAGCCACUUAUCUAGAUUGGAUAUUAUGGAUUCGGUUGGAAUAGAGUUCCUCUGGCAAUUGUCUUCUGCUUUUCCACGUGAUCAGCCGGAAGACUCGUCUUUUAGUCCACUCCGUGGUCUCGAAGAGUUACGCCUCUGGAGUUUGCCAAAUCUGGUUGGUCUAUUUUACGGAGAAUCAGAACCAUCAUAUUUGUUUCCAGCUGGCACAUUUUCUUCCCUUAAAGAGUUGUGGGUUUUUGACUGUGACAACAUGAAGCAGCUAUUCACAGUACAGUUGCUGCAGAACCUUCAAAAUCUUGAAACAUUAAGAGUUGAAGAUUGUGAAGGACUGGAGGAGAUAGAAGCAGAUGGCAAUGGAGUAGGACGAGGAGGAGGAGAAGGCACCCAAUUGACUUCAAGUGAAGGAGCCACCGCCACUGUCAUCCUUCCGAAAUUAAGGCGGUUGUGUCUGGAUAACCUGCCACAACUGAAGAACAUUUGCAAGGCAACCAUGAUCUGCGAAUCAAUUGAGGAGAUUACAAUGUUAGAUUGUCCAAAUUUAAAGAGGCUGCCUUCGUUUCUUUCCACCAUCGACGGACCACCAUAUUUGCUUUCAGCUGGCACCUUUUCUUCCCUCAAAAAAUUGAGCAUUUCUGGAUAUCAUAACAUGAAGCAGCUAUUCACGGUGCAGUUGCUGCAGAUCCUUCAAAAUCUUGGAAAAUUAGCAGUUAAAGAUUGUGAAGGACUGGAGGAGAUAGCAGCAGAUGGCAAUGGAGUAGGACAAGGAGGAGGAGAAGGCACCCAAUUGACUUCAAGUGAAGGAGCCACUGCCACUGUCAUCCUUCCGAAAUUGAGGUGGUUGCGUCUGGAUAACCUGCCACAACUGAAGAACGUUUGCAAGGCAACCAUGAUCUGCGAUUCAAUUGAGGAGAUUGAAAUGUUAGAUUGUCCAAAGGUAAAGAGGUUGCCUUUGUUUCUUUCCACCAUCGACGGACAACCAUCUCUUCCCAGCACUCUUCGUAAAAUCAAGGGAAAUAAAGCAUGGUGGGAAUCGUUGGAGUGGGACAAUUCUAGUGCCAAAAAUGCCCUUGACCCAUAUUUUACCACAGAGUGAUGAGAUAUUUGAAGAUCACCUGUUUGAUCAAAAUCCUGACUGGUUCUCAUGUACGUGUUUUCUCCCCUUCGUUAAAUGUUACCAACUGUCGCCACCCUUUGAGGUUUUUUUCCCCCAAAAUGAUCUGCUUCUCCACUAGCAUAGAAUUUGCUAUUGUGUAGGAAUCGAUAUUAAUACUUUCCAUGUUGAGCUUUGUAGGUUUUUUUUUUUUAAACUCUCUUGAGGUGCAAAACUGCUAACACCUUUUGAGUUGUUCUGAUGGAAAAAUUGUUUUAAGUACAUUAGUUUCU